GGUUUGGUAGACUAUUAGCCUUCAUUUCGGUCUAAUUAGAAUUCUUUCCAAACCGAACUACCUAAAUCACACAAACCGAACCAUUAAGUUUUGUUAGAAUUUGAAUACUGUAAAAAAAAAAAAUCUACCAGCCUAAAAAGUAUCGACUCUUCCUUCUUUCCACAAACACUCUCUUUCCUCCUCCAUCAUCACAAAUGGAUGAGAUCAAACCAAAGGAAGAAGAAAAACUCAAACGAGGCCGUAACGUCAAACCCAUUUGCCGUGAAACUGGAGACCACGUCCAUUAUCCACCAACAACAACAACACGCAAACCUAAAUCCAAACCCACGCGUACUCAACACGCGCCACCACCGAUCCUCGAAUCAAUCUUCAAAGUCACUCACAAACCACGCUACGGAGAAUGCAGGAAGAAUCAUGCCGCCGAUAUCGGCACCAUCCCUUACGACGGCUGCCGCGAGUUCGUCACGGCCGCCGAGGAGGAGGAAGACCAUUCUCUAAAUUGCGCCGCAUGCGGCUGUCACCGUAACUUCCACCGUGAAGAACUGAUCAGUGACAACGGAGUCGCCGAGACGGUUCUUGAAGUUCUCAAGAUUUCGUCGCUUCAGUUCCGUGAGAUCUUCUGCUCACCUUACGGCGGCGGAAAAAGCAAAGCGAAGAAGAAGAAAGAGGAGAAAGGAGAAGAUUUGGUGGAGAAGAGAGUGAAGAGGUUGAAGACGAAGUUUACGGCGGAGCAGACGGAGAAAAUGAAGGAUUACGCGGAGAAGCUACGGUGGAAGGUGAGACCUGAGAUGAGAGAUGAAGUUGAAGAGUUUUGCGUAGAGAUUGGAGUAAAUCGAAAGAAGUUUAAGAUUUGGAUGAACAAUCACAAGGAUAAGAACUGAUGAGUUUACCAAACUCUAUUUUGUGUAACUGUGUAAUGAUUGUUGUGGCCAAGGAUUUGCUCAAAAAUGUACUUGUAUUAAUUUAAACAUGUUCAAUACAAAGUUGCUCUUGUAGCCAGAUUGGCUGCUUUACAGAUUCA